CUCUGGUAACUUGUAGUGGGUAGCGCCUUUGCUGUGCGGCGCAAUUGUCUGGGUAGCGAAGUAUCGGUAACUCGGCGCACAUGUCCUACGUGAAACUUACGCCAGCCUUUGCGAAGGCGGCCGGCUCGCGCAGCCUCAACAGGCUCGCGAGCUCGCGGGGCCGCCGGCUGCGCUGCACGGCGACCUCCACGAGGCGGGCGCGCGCGCCGGCGGAGCAGGAACGGCAGCAGCAGCAACAACAGCGCGGCGAGCCCUCGUGCGCCGUGCUGAAAGAGUCCGCGCAGCUCGAGCUCAUCACCGAAGGCAGGCGCGUUGGCGCCGGCGACGCCCGCCGCCGGCCCGAGAGCAUCGCCAUGAUAGACUUCGAGAACACGAAGGAGGCGUACAAGAGCAAAAGCACGCUGGAGCUCCUCAGGAGUCUGCUCGUGUUCAAGCUUUGCUCGUACGACUUGUUGGUUGACAGGAACAAGGAGCUUAUGGACUUGAGCAGAAAGGUUUUGGGGCAGAAAAUAUUUGAGCAGCUGAUGAAGAUGACCUUCUACGGGCAGUUUGUAGCUGGGGAGGAUCAAGAGGCUAUCAAGCCCUUGGUGCAGAAGAAUCGGGCGUUUGGUGUAGGGUCAGUUCUGGACUACAGUGUGGAGGAAGACCUGACUCAGGAGGAGGCCGAGAAGAAAGAGAUGGAUUCUUGUGUAUCGGAAGCUGAGAAAUCAAGUCCUGACAUUGUCAGAGAAUGCCCCUCUAAGGACAGUGAAUGUGAGGACCACAGAGAGAAGAAGUACAAGGCCCACCGGCAGUUUGGAGAUCGCCGGGGGGGCGUAGUCAGUGCCCGCACCUACUUCUAUGCCGAUGAGGCCAAGUGUGACCAGCACAUGGAGACCUUCCUUCGUUGUAUCCAAGCUUCAGGUGGAAGCUCUGAAGAUGGCUUCUCGGCCAUAAAAAUGACUGCUCUGGGACGGCCACAGUUCUUGCUCCAGUUCUCAGAGGUGUUGGUGAAGUGGAGGCGCUUCUUCAGCUUCCUGGCUGCCCAGCAGGGGAAGGAAAGGAUGACAGCUCUUGAGCAGAAGCUGGAGUUGGACCAGCUGAAGGAGAGUUUGACAAAGCUGGGUGUGGCCACCAAGGAUGACAUUCAGAACUGGUUUACAGGGGAGAAGCUGGGGUCAUCUGGGACUAUAGACCUGCUUGACUGGAACAGUCUGAUUAAUGACAGGACCAAGAUCUCUAAUCUGCUUGUUGUUCCGAAUCUUGAGACUGGACAGCUGGAGCCCCUCCUCCAUAAAUUCACGGAUGAGGAAGAAAGACAGAUGAAGAGAAUGCUGCAGAGGAUGGACGUACUUGCAAAGCAUGCAGUACAGGAAGGUGUGCGGCUGAUGGUCGAUGCAGAGCAGACAUACUUCCAGCCAGCAAUAAGCAGGUUGACCCUGGAGAUGCAGAGGAUCUUCAACAAAGAAAAGCCCAUAAUCUUCAACACUUAUCAGUGCUACCUUAAGGAGGCCUAUGACAAUGUGACUGUGGAUGUAGAGCUGUCACGGCGAGAGGGCUGGUACUUUGGCGCCAAGCUGGUGCGUGGCGCCUACAUGUACCAGGAGCGGAGAAGGGCUGCAGAGAUUGGUUAUGAGGACCCCAUUAACCUUGAUUAUGAGGCCACCAACAGGAUGUACCACAGGUGCUUGGACUUCAUAUUGGAGGAGAUCGAACAUAAUCGUAACGCCAACGUGAUGGUGGCAUCCCACAACGAGGAUACCGUUAAGUUCACCCUACAGAGGAUGAACGAGAUGGGUCUGUCCCCGGGGGAGAAUAAGGUCUACUUCGGCCAGCUGCUGGGCAUGUGUGACCAGAUCAGUUUCCCACUCGGCCAAGCGGGAUUCCCAGUUUACAAGUAUGUGCCUUAUGGCCCUGUGAACGAGGUGCUACCCUACCUAUCCCGACGCGCCCAGGAGAACAGAGGCUUCAUGAAAGGUUCUACGCGAGAGCGCCACCUCCUGUGGAUAGAGCUGAAGCGCAGACUGCUCAGCCGGGAGCUCUUCUACAGCCCUUCCUACUAAGGGCCCCAUGUGCCUGUAGCAGCCAGAUAGUAGCGCUGCACUCACCAUUCCUGUACAGGUUGGGGGAGGGGGUGUGGUUACUUCUGUCAGCACUUGUGGUUCACAAUGCCUUUGUAAAGUAGAACAUGGUGACCUGGUUUCAGACACAAUGUUUUCAGCUGCUUUCAUUUCUGUUGAUAAUGGAAGUGAAACAAGAAGCAAUAAUGCACAUUUAUACCGCCGGUAGGAUUUUAUCUGAUGCAAAGUAGAUACUUGAGUCUCGUGUGCUGAGUCUUAUGACAUUAUAAUUACGUUUUCCUCUGCUAUCCUACUUGCCCAAAUGGGAUGCAUCUCAGUGUUGUGUGUAGCUUUUAAAAAGUAUCAGAAAGAGCAGAGAGACUGUCAGUGAUUGCGUUGCAUGUGUGCGCCUGGUUCUGUGCUCACACAUUUGUUUGGUAUCCUGCAGCCUUCAGAAAUUGCACAUGGUUUGCUUUUUAGAUGUUGAAUUUCUGGUUUUGAAACUUAUCUACAUGUAACACUUUUUUGUAAAUGCUCUUGUCUUUUCCUUUUUUAUCACGUUGCUACUGAUGCUGGAUAUGUAACAGAUGAGGCGAGAAGCUGCUGUCAAGGCUGCUGUUGACUGCAAACCAUUUUUAGUAUGAAAUUAAAUGGUGGGGGCAGAGGAAGUAGAAUAAAUGGGUCGAAUAAAAGAACCUUGUAGUUUUUUUAAACAUUGAAGGCAAGGUCCAUUGUUUAACAGAUCAUUUCACAGUAUAACAUGGGGGCAUUUUCCCUUCUUGCUGUUUCUCCUUUAUUGACUAUUAAUUAAUUAUCACGGAGAGAAAAAAGCAUAUUGUAAUAAUUUGUACUGCAAUUCUUAACUUUUUAUAUAUUUAUCCAGUGUCUGUAAUUGCACUUAUCUCCAGCUUAGUUGAGCAUGAACCCUUUUCAGAAUUAAUUUUUUUGUCUGAAAUGUGAGUGAUUGUCACAGUAUCUUUUCUGAAAUGGGUGAUGGAAAAUUUAAUGCAAGAUCGCCUGUGUGACAAUAGUGCGUUCCUAAAGAAGAAUGUGAAAAUUUGGAACAUUUAUUUUAAAUAUGCAGAUAGAUUUCAAGCAUGUAGAAGUACUAUGAAUUAUACGAAAAGGCCCAUAAAUAAUUUAACCAUAUGUAUGCUUUUUAGAAUGGUUUUACUUUUCUACUGAGAAGUGAAUCCCAUGUGAAGGAUUAAAUAUGGAUUAUUAAAUGGA